GUAGAAGCAGCGGGUGGAUUUGUUGGCGUCGAUUGGUUCGCUCAACGAACGCUUCAACUGCAUCUUUUCCCGCACAACGAACCCCCCUCCUCUCUCUCUCUCUCUUCUUCCUCUCUCUCUCUUGCUUUAGGGCAAUUUGAUUUCGCCCAACCCACCCCCCCGGCAUUUCGCCUCGAUCGCAUCCCCGCUCUCCGCUCUGCAUUUUCCAGAGUGUCUCUCGGGUCUCGCUAGGGUUCCCUUCCGGAGCUCGGCUCGGCGUUCCGCUCUUGUCGUUUUCCUUUUGUAGAUGUGGAGGAGGAGGUGGAGGAGGAGGAGGAGUUGGGGCUUCUCGCGUGAUUCGAAUCAGGUCUUCGAGCGCUCGUGGGAGAAGAUCUGAGAGUCCUUUUUGUUUUUUUCCCCUUCUCUUUUUUUCCGUGUGUUUUUUGGAUUGAAAGAUGAGCGCGUCGAGGUUUAUAAAGUGCGUGACGGUCGGCGACGGGGCGGUGGGUAAGACUUGCUUGCUCAUCUCUUACACCAGCAACACCUUCCCCACGGAUUAUGUUCCUACCGUCUUCGACAAUUUUAGUGCUAAUGUGGUUGUCAAUGGAGCCACUGUGAACCUGGGACUGUGGGAUACUGCAGGACAGGAGGAUUACAACAGACUAAGACCUUUGAGUUAUCGUGGGGCAGAUGUUUUCAUUCUAGCAUUCUCUCUCAUUAGCAAGGCCAGCUAUGAAAAUGUCUCUAAGAAGUGGAUUCCCGAGUUGAAGCAUUACGCGCCUGGUGUCCCAAUUGUUCUUGUUGGGACAAAGCUUGAUCUUCGAGAUGAUAAGCAGUUUUUUAUAGAUCAUCCUGGUGCAGUGCCAAUUACUACAGCUCAGGGAGAGGAGUUGAGAAAGCUGAUCGGUUCACCUGCAUAUAUUGAGUGCAGCUCAAAGACACAGCAGAAUGUGAAGGCAGUGUUUGAUCAAGCCAUAAGAGUUGUGCUUCAACCACCCAAACAAAAGAAGAAGAAGAGCAAAGCCCAAAAAGCCUGCUCCAUAUUGUGAUUGAUAAUAGCUCGAAGAUAGAACAGCCUGUUGCUCUGCCUGUAUCUCCUCCAUUCUGGCUUUGCUCUUAAAAGAGGACGCUGUUACUGAUUUGUUGUGCCAAGUGACAAGACUUUCUUUGUGAAGCAUCAAAUCGUCCAGUACCGCUCGAGUGUCGUCUUGGUGAUCUAAUUCUUGUGUUUGUCCACGUGUCGUCUGCAAUUCUUGACUUUGAUAAUUCUAUGUGUUAAUGAACCGCAUUUAAUGAGAGAAAAAAACCUGUUUUUUUCCA